AUGAAAAAAGUGGCUCCUCCACCACCACCUCCUCCUCCACCAGUGGUGGCUAAACAACCACCCCUUUCCAAUGGCAACAUUCGGAGUAGUAGUGCUCCUCCACCUAUGACCACCACUCCUGGUGAAGAUUGCGCCAUUGAUGAACUUCUGGAAGGACGCAUGGAUUUGCAAGUCGUCCUUCCAGACCUCAAGGUGGUAAAGAUGACUGUUGAUCGCAGGACUCCUAUGAUGGACCUGUUGGUUCAGGCUGCCACAUCCAACAAGAUAUCUCCGAGUGGCCACGUGAUUAAAGUCAUUUCGAGGGAAGAAGAGCGCAAUGUCAACUAUAAACCGAAUACCCCCAUCGGAUCCCUAGAUGCCAAUACAGUGUACAUAGUCCCCAAAUCUACACUAGAAGCACCCGUCAAAAGAAUGCCAAAACUUGCUAACCAGCCUUUUGAGGUUACUAUACAUUCUUAA